AUGCAGAUCGGGCACGCAGCUUCGUCCGCAACACCUCUCGCCGCUGCGACCCUCGGCGUGCUCACGUUCAACGUGGCUGGCAACAUGAUCCUCACAGCACCGCUGUCUGCCAUGGACACCAUCGCGCCGCAGAAUUUCGGAGCCGGCAACGCUGUGGGGGUCGGACUCACUGCCCUGCGAGCAGUUAUCACCGCGCCUGCCUUCCUCUUGCCGACUGUGCCGCUCUGGAUCUUCGCCAGAGAGAUUCUCACUGCCCUCGGCCAGCCGCCCGACGUUGCGGCCCUCGCGCAGACCAACAUGCUCAUGCUGCUUCCCAGCCUUGCCCCCUGGCUCGUCUUUGAGGUAUCGCGCAAGUUUGUGUACGCGCAAGACGUGCAGUGGCCACCGCUGCCGGCUGCGGUCAUCGGCCUGGCCACCCACCCGGUGUGGCUUGAGAUGACGAGAGGAUUCGGGCCCUCCGGGCCCAUGCUCGCACCGCUUUUCACAUUCUCGGUCAUGGCUGCUGUCCUCGUUGCCCUCAUCCGGUGGCGGGUGCCGCGUGCCGCCGCCGCCUGGCCGCGUGCGGAGGGGCGAGCGGCCCUGUUCGGCGACCGAAAGGCGUGGAGGCACUUCCUGGCCACCUCUGCCGCCUCCCUCUUCUCGCUCACCGAGUGGCUCUUCUGGGAGGCCGUCUGCUUUCGCGUCGGCGCGCUGGGAACGAUCCCGCUCUCAGCCUAUUCUGUCGGCUACAGCCUCGAGCCGUGCCUCUUCAUGCUCGCCAUCGGUCUCUCGACGGCGCUGACCAACGCGGUGGGCGGCCACCUCGGCGCCGGCCGUGUCGCGGCGGCGCGGCGCACCACGGCGAUUGGCGUCGGCGUCGGGAUCGCCACCGUGUGCGGCUACUCGCUCUUCGCCUUUCUCGCCGGCGGCUCGCUGCGGCGUCUCUUCUCCCGCGACGCAGAGGUCCUGGCCGCGGCGGCAGAGAUGUGGCCGUCGUGGUCCAUGUUUCUGCUGAUCAGCGGCACCUUUGCGCUGCUGCUCGGCCUCGCCAAGGGGUUGGGGCAGCAGCGGCAAAUGGCCGUCUUCGUCGUGUGCGUGCUCUGGCCGGUGGGGUGUCCUCUGGUGUGGCUCGCCACCUGCCCCGCCCGCGUCUGGCAGAUGCUCGCUUUCACCUACAUGUUGCUCUCGGUGGCGAUGGGACUUUGCGCGGCGUGCACCGACUGGCACAAGCUCUCUGCGACUGCCAUAGCGCACAGCCAAGGCAGUGGCGGGGCCGCAUCGUGCGCGCCGGCUCACACGCCCACGCGUUGCGAAGGGGGGCUGGCGGCGGUGGACGGAGCCAAGGCAAGCGGCGCCACGCUGGUCGGCCUCGAUCUCGAGGACUCUCGGACCCCGGCUCCCAUCCCACUGCCACUCCCAGUUGCCGUCGCCGCGGUCUAA